AUUAUUUUACAUUUCCAUUGAACGGCCAAAAAUAAAGUCCUUUCAUUUAUGUAUUUUUCACUUUCUUGUCUGCAAAUCCCAGAAACGUAAAAAAAUUUUCAGGAUGAUCCUCAUGUGAAUUCUUCACUUCUCUCACAUUCUCUUCCAACUUAUCGUUGGUUCCUCUGAUUAGGUGGCAGAAUUCAACUGUGCAGAUAUUUGCUGUGAGAUUGUUGAACCUCCCUUGAUGGGUGCUCCUAAGCAAAAGUGGACAGCAGAAGAAGAGGCAGCUCUUAAAGCUGGAGUGCUUAAGCAUGGGACAGGCAAAUGGCGUACAAUACUUGUGGAUCCUGAGUUUAGUGCCAUCUUGCGGCUAAGGUCAAAUGUUGAUUUGAAGGAUAAAUGGAGAAAUAUAAAUGUAACUGCAAUAUGGGGGUCCAGGCAGAAGGCUAAGCUUGCACUUAAAAAGAGUGCACAGACCCCUAAACGUGAUGAUAAUCCUAAGGCUUUGAGCGUUAUAGUUCAAGGAAAUGAAGAAAUUGUUGAUGCUAAGCCUAUAGCAAUUUCUAGUGGAACACCGAGGAAUGUUGGUUCAAAAGAACUACUUGCAAGGUUGGAUAAUCUAAUAUUAGAGGCUAUUACAACAUUGAAGGAGCCAAGUGGUACUGACAGGGCUUCAAUUGCUUCGUACAUAGAGGAAAAAUACUGUGCACCCUCAAAUCUCAGGAAGUUAUUGGCAGGAAAAUUAAAGCUUCUGGCUGCAAAUGGAAAGUUGGUCAAGUUCUGCUGCAAUAGACCUAUAGUACACUGGGUAAAGCAUAAGUACAGGAUUGCACCUAGUUCAACAGUUUCUGAAGGAAGAAGAAACACGCCCCACUUACUUGCAGAGGGAAAGCAGAAGGAUUCUUCAAAAUCAGAGAAGAGUAACACCAAAAUCCUGACUAAAUCCCUGGUUGAUCAAGAGCUAUCAAAGAUUAGGGGCAUGACUGCCCUCGAGGCUGCUGCAGCUGCAGCGAAGGCAGUUGCAGAGGCAGAAGCUGCAAUUGCAGAGGCUGAAGAGGCAGCAAGGGAAGCUGAGGCAGCAGAAGCUGAAGCUGAAGCAGCACAAGUUUUUGCCAAAGCCGCAAUGAAGGCAUUCAAGUAUAGGACGCGCCAUCUAUUGAAUGCUGUUCUCAGCAAGUCUUCCUAAAGUGACUUUGAGUUCUUCAAAGGGAUGUGGGCAUGAAAAUAUGCAUCGGACUUUUCAGGUGCAGCUGUAUGAAACCCCUAAUGUGUACAUAACUGUAAAUGAGGUUUGUCUUCUCGCAAAUGCAAAAACUAUGAAGGCAUGUUCCUUUCGUUGGAAAUAUAUAGUUUUUUGUUUUUUACUUCAAAACUUUAUAAUGAGGGAAGAGUAGACAAUCAGAAAUAGAGCACUAGAUUGGCUAUUAUAUGCAUGUAUUUUUUAUGGUUAGUCAAUCCAGUGGAAGAGUGAUUUUAAAGUAAA